AGCCCGGGGGGAGCAGCGGCGCCGGGGGAGCCCCGGCAGCGGCCGCCGCCAUGAAGAAACAGUUCAACCGCAUGAAGCAGCUCGCCAACCAGACCGUGGGCAGGGCUGAGAAAACAGAGGUACUCAGUGAAGACCUGUUGCAGAUCGAGAGGCGCCUGGACGCCGUGAGGUCCGUGUGCCACCUGGCCCAGAAGCGCCUGAUCGCGUGUCUGCAGGGCCAGCAUGGCACAGACCCCGACAAGAGACACAAAAAACUUCCUCUAACAGCUCUAGCUCAAAAUAUGCAAGAAGGAUCAGUCCAACUGAGUGAUGAAACUCUGCUGGGGAAAAUGCUGGAUACCUGUGGGGAUGCAGAGAAUAAACUGGCAAUGGAGCUCUCUCAGCAUGAAGUACAGAUUGAGAGAGAAGUUCUAGAUCCACUGUGCCUGUUAACAGAGACAGAGAUCCCAAACAUUCAGAAGCAGAGGAAGCAGCUUGCAAAGCUGGUGCUGGACUGGGAUUCUGCAAGGGGAAGAUACAACCAAGCCCACAAGACUUCAGGAACAAAUUUCCAAGUGCAUCCUUCAAAAAUAGAAUCUCUUAAGGAAGAGAUGGAUGAAGCUGGCAAUAAAGUGGAGCAGUGCAAGGAUCAGCUUGCAGCAGACAUGUAUAGCUUUGUGUCCAAAGAAGGGGAAUAUGCUCGAUGUUUUGUUAUGUUAUUAGAAGCACAAGCAGAUUACCAUAGAAAAGCAUUAGCAGUCAUAGAAAAGGUCCUCCCCGAAAUUCAAGCCCAUCAAGACAAAUGGACUGAAAAACCAGCUUUUGGAACUCCAUUAGAAGAGCAUCUCAAGCGCAGCGGGCGGGAAAUCGCAGUCCCUAUUGAAGCCUGUGUGAUGAUGCUUCUGGAAACGGGGAUGAGAGAGGAGGGCUUAUUCAGAAUUGCUGCUGGAGCCUCCAAGUUAAAAAAGCUGAAAGCUGCCCUGGACUGUUCAACUUCCCAGCUGGACGAGUUCUACUCCGACCCCCACGCUGUUGCAGGUGCCUUGAAAUCCUAUUUGCGGGAACUGCCAGAGCCUCUGAUGACCUACAGCUUGUAUGAGGAAUGGACACAGGCUGCAAGUAUUCAGGACCAGGAUAAGAAGCUCCAAGAGUUAUGGAGAAUUUGUAACAGGUUACCUGAGCAUUAUCGUGUUAACUUCAGGUAUUUAAUCAAAUUUUUAGCCAAGCUUGCACAGAACAGCGACGUUAACAAAAUGACUCCCAGCAACAUCGCCAUAGUCCUGGGCCCCAACUUGUUAUGGGCAAAGAAUGAAGGAUCCCUUGCUGAAAUGGCAGCAGCAACUUCAGUCCAUGUGGUAGCAGUUAUUGAGCCAAUUAUUCAGCAUGCAGACUGGUUCUUCCCUGGAGAUGAAGAUUUCAAUGUGUCUGGGGCAUUUGUGGCAGUUCCUGCUGUUAAUUCCAAUCACUUGUCACACACUGGGAAUGACUAUGAAUGUGGGACACUGGAAAGGAAGAGGCCUGUCAGCAUGACUGUGAUGGAAGGGGAUUUGCUGAAGAAGGAAAGCUUUGGUGUGAAGGUUCUGGACUUCCCUGGGAACCCUCGGAGAUGUGGCACUGUAAACAGAAAGCACACAUCCCCGGCCUUCCAGCCCCCGCUGCCGCCCACCGAGCCGGCCGGGCCCGAGCAGCACCCGCCGGCUGCGGGGGCUGACUGCACCCCCGGGGGGGCUGGGCUUGCUCUCUCUGCUGCCUCAGCAGAAUCCCAAGCUCAAGGCCCUGAGGAUGGCAGUACCUCAAAAUCCAAGGACAGCACGUCUGCAGCCACUCCUCCCCCGGUGAGGAACGGGGGGCACACGGGCACUGCCCCGGGCCAGGCAGGGAGCAGCAGCAGCCAGCUCUGUGUGACCCAGCCCCAGAACACGGCAGGGCCCAGUCCCCAUGCGCUGAGGAGAGCUGUGAAAAAGCCGGCACCAGCCCCCCCCAAACCAGCCAACCCCCCACCAGGGCAGCCAGGAAGCCAAAGCUCUUCCCCAGCUGCUCAGCCACCUUCUGUCUCUCCAAAACCACCUGCCAGAAGCUCUUCUCCUCCUGCUCAACAUGCAAACCAAGGAGCAGCCCAGACCUCCGCCUCCCAGGUUUCUGCACCUCGGAGAUACUCCAGCAGCCUCUCCCCAAUCCAAGCUCCCAGCCACCCACCCCCUCAGCCCCCAACACAGGCAACUCCUCCCCUGCAGCCCAAAGCCAACAGCCAAGCAUCUCCCGGCGCUGGCAGCGAGCACGGACCAGAGCAGCCCUGUUACACCCUGCCACAGACCCCGACCCCUCCCGACACCCCCCCGCUGGGGAAGCACCCCAGCAGCUCCCCAUCGCCCCAGCCAGCGACUCCAGAGCCCUCCCAGGCUCCCUCCUUACCUCAGAGUGGCACCCUGCCCCGGCCACGGCCCGUGCCCAAACCCAGGAACAGACCCAGUGUGCCCCCUCCGCCUCACCCUCCCUCUCAGCUGCCUGGAGAUGGGAUUGUUGCAAAUCCCACACAAACAGCUUCCAAAAUAGUCACAGACUCUAAUUCCAGUAUUCCAGAACCACUUCCAAACCCUCCUUCAGAGCUUCCUCCGGAGCCGGCGAGCAGAGAGCUGCACAACCACCUCCUGCUGGACCUGGACACCGACACGGAGAGCACCGCGCUGUGACGGGAGCGCCGCGGCUUCCCGGCCUCCUCCCCUGGUGGGAAAACCCUCAGACCUAACAGGGAAAAGCUUCUUCUGACCACAUGGCAGAGCUGUGCUCAGGUGGGACUGGGGCAUCGUGGAGAUGUGAUUUACGGACUCAUUUGGGUGGGAAAGGCCAACCUGUGGCCAGUCUCCGAUUCAGCCGCUCAGAAGAAGUUUGAUGAUCUGUGUCUUGACAAGGGUUUUCAAACUCUUGGAUGGAAGGAAUGAAUUCCUACAGGAACUCUCCUAGGAAGCGUAAUCAGUGCUGAUACAGGUGGUAUUAGCAGAAAUUCCAAAAGAAUAAGCAAGCAGAACAUUAGUUAUUUAAAGUGCAUGUAUGUAUUAUGGAAAUAAUCCUUUUAAUGUCACGGUUAGAUUUUAUUUGUAGUUCUUAGCCCGUACCAGGAGCUGCCUCGCAAGGGACAUUCCCUCUGGGAUUUGCUGCACAUUCUUCUUAAACCAUGAACCAACCCCCUGCCCGAGUGCUGGUGGUGACUGCUGGUUAUCAGUCACCCUGUCAAACUGUGGAUGUAUCCAGUGCCUUGAAGGACUGUCGUGCUGUAGGAGGAACUUUCUGUCUCUUUAAUAAUUUCAUUGCUACUUAGGAUCAGUAGUUACCCUCAUUUCAUAGUUAUUUGUAUUAACCUGGUUUUACUCAUGUGCAACUGGCAACUGUUCCACGAGGAAACUGUGGAAGUGGGGUUUGUGCUUUUAUUGCAAACGGUUGAAUUUUGGAAGAACUUUGAAGCAGCUGUUUGGAUUCAGCAGUUGGGUGAACACGUAUAAAAUUAAAGAUUGUCUUUUGUCAACUUAA